AUGCCGGCGGCGCAGGUGGCGCGCGCGUGGUUACAGAUGGUGCGCGGACACAAGGAUCCGGAGGCCGCUCGCGCGGGCGUGGAGCGCUGCCCGGAGCGCAGUCCGCCGCCGGUGCUGCGGACGGGCAGCUUGACGGACCUCUGCGGGAGUUUGACCGAAGGGGAGUCCGACCAGCCCAGUGAAGCGACGCCUAAGGCGGCGCGCUUCUCGCAGCAGCUGGAGAUGGAGUUGGAGCGCGCCGACGUGAACGAAGACUGGGGCUUCUGCUGGCGACCCCGGAAGCGACGAUGGAUCUUAGAAUCCUUGAAGACGAACAGCGUGGCGAGCGCCUGGAAUGAGAGACAGCGAGAGCUGGGCUUGAAGAGCCUGGAGCUGCGGAGUACCUUGCUGGAAGCGAAUGGAUCAGACCAGAAGUGCCUGAUCCAACAAGAGCUCAACGAGGCCUUACGCUUGCGCCUCAUCUUUCUGCUGCCAGAUCUGUCUUUGCAAGAAGCUGAGUUCGACCGAAGCUCAGCGAUCCGGAAGUUGGAAUGUAAAGUCAAGAACUCCUUCCUGGAGGUCUCUGCGGUCGACAGCCAAGACGAGCGGCGCAACUUCUCCGAUCCAGGUCCGGUGGUGAAACAAAGCACCUCUUCUUCCACGCCGCCUGAUCCCAGAGACCACGCGCCCAUGUCCCCAGCGCCUGCUGGCUAUGUGACAGAGUCCGAGGCAGUCAGUGAGCUCAUUGGUACCACGGCGUUGAUCGCCCAUCUCAAUGAUCGCGGAGCCGCGGCCUUCAACGGCAAGUUCUGCCGGAUCGAGGCCUUCGAUCCUCACGUGCGGCGCUACGUGGUGAAGGUCUAUGCCGAUGAGGGCCCCGUGACCGCCAAGCUGCGCCUGGAAAACCUCAUCCUCCCCGGCACCACCGCGCCGGUCGCGCCGGUGGCCGCGGCGCCGGUGGAAGCGGCGAUGCCGGAGGCGUUGCCGGAGGGCAUGUACUUCGAGGGGUACAACCCCUGGACUUGGCCGCCCAGUGCGCCUUCACUCGAUCCCUUCGACCCCCUGAGCUGGUCGAUGGGAGGAGGAGCCAUGAUGCCCUGGCCCUACGGCGCCGACGCCAUGGACGCCCAGGUGCAUGGUCCGUGCUUGCCAAUGACAAGCUUGCCACCAUUGAGCACUACACCUCUGACUUGUGGCCCCUCCGGCGGUCUGCCAUUCUCGCCGCCCAUGGCUGAACAGCCUUUACCAGUGCCUUUACCCCCGUUUCCCGUGGACCAGCCAGUGACAGUGCACACGCAUCAAGUCCUGGAACAACAGCUCAUCCAGGAACACACGCAAAAUCAGAAGCUCCUCACCCCGAAGUCCGAUCCGCAUCAACCUCCACUCGACGACGCGCCACCCGAGCCCUUAGCCGAGCCGCCCCCGGAGCCGGAUGAGGGGCCGAAGCGCCGGCGCCGGCGCCGAGGGAAGCGGAAGAGUCAGAAGACGGGUGCGGAGCCGGCGGAGUCGGAGGCAUCGAGCCAUGCAGGAGAUGCAAUGGAUGCGGACGACCCAAUCCCCGGAUCCACUGCCGCUGCACCGGUCGCGGUGGACCCGCCCUGGCGACCGCAGCUGCCGGCGACAGCGGAGCCGCGCGCGGCGCCCGGACGGAGCACUGAGCCGGGCGAAGGAGCUGAGGAGGCCCCGGCUCCGCGCCCAAGCGCCACUUCGUGGCGCCCGUCCCUGUCCUUCGCGCGGAGCCCCGCGCCCGCGAAGGCCGCGCCCGCAGCGCCAGCCGCUGCGCCCGCGAGCGCCGCGAACACCACGGCGGAGGCGGACGAGGCCUCACAGGCCGCGGAGUGGCAGCCGAGCUUGCGGCGCAAAAAAAAGGGGGCGACGGAUCACCUGGGAGCAGGGAUGAAUCGAUGUGUGGGGAUGUAUGGCAAGAUGGACUUAAUUAAAUUUCAAGCUUGGCCCUGGCAUUGGAUGAUCUGUUUUUUUGUUGUUUCUUUCUUCCAGGAUCCAACUUCUUACUGUAAUUGA